AUGGCGACCAUCGUUGACAAGAUCAAGGAGAUCGAGGCCGAAAUGGCCCGGACCCAGAAGAACAAGGCAACCUCCUACCAUCUGGGUCAACUUAAAGCCAAGCUCGCCAAGCUCAAACGCGAGCUCCUCACUCCGUCGGGCGGCGGCGGUGGUGGUGGCGGCGCAGGCUUCGACGUCGCCCGCACCGGUGUCGCGUCCAUCGGCUUCAUCGGCUUCCCUUCUGUCGGCAAGAGUACACUCAUGUCCAAGCUGACAGGCACACACUCCGAAGCGGCAGCAUACGAGUUCACGACGCUGACUUCGGUGCCCGGUCAGCUGGUGUACAACGGCGCGCCGCUGCAGAUUAUCGAUUUGCCUGGUAUCAUUGAGGGUGCCAAGGAUGGUAGGGGUAGGGGUCGGCAGGUUAUUGCUGUGGCGAAGACGUGCCAUUUGAUUUGCAUUGUGCUGGACGUCAACAAGCCGUUGACGGAUAAGAGGAUUAUUGAGAAUGAGUUGGAGGGCUUCGGCAUCAGGAUCAACAAGCAGCCGCCGAAUAUUACCUUCCGGAAGAAGGACAAGGGAGGGUUGAAUAUCACGAGUACGGUGCCGCUUACGCAUAUUGAUCAUGACGAGAUUAAGGCUGUUAUGAGCGAAUACCGCAUCAGCUCGGCCGACAUUACCAUCCGUUGCGACGCUACCAUCGAUGACCUGAUCGAUGUGCUCGAAGCCAAGAGCCGUGCCUAUAUCCCGGCUAUUUAUGUGCUCAACAAGAUCGACAGCAUCAGUAUCGAGGAACUGGACUUGCUGUACCGGAUUCCGAAUUCUGUUCCCAUCAGCUCUGAGCAUGGGUGGAAUUUGGAUGAGCUCUUGGAGGCUAUCUGGGAGAAGCUGAACCUCAUUCGCGUCUACACCAAGCCUAAGGGCAAGCAGCCCGAUUAUGAGGCUCCUGUCGUCCUGAGGGCGAACAAGUGUACUGUGGAGGACUUUUGCAAUGCCAUCCACAAGAGCAUCGUCGAGCAGUUCAAGUGCGCCAUCGUUUACGGAAAAUCAGUCAAGCAUCAGCCGCAGCGCGUGGGCCUGUCACAUGAGCUGGCUGAUGAAGAUAUUGUUACUAUUAUUAAGCGGUAA